UCAUGAACAACGAUUUAUGCAUGAACAACGCCAAUUUUUUUUUUUUUUUAAUGUUCUCCUUUCUUUUUAUCACUGACAUUUGAGUGACAACUUUUCCAGUGUAGUUUUCUUCAUCUUUGUUUUGAAAAUUUCGGCUGCACAUUUGAGCGUGUGACUAUUAUUGAACAUGUAGACAAGUGUUUCUCCUUUUCUCUCUAGAUUCUAUUUAAUUUCAUCUAUGUGAUGGCUUCCAAUAGAGAAAGAGAACCUCUCUUGAGUUCCGUAAAUUCAAAUAUCGGAUAUGUUAUCGAAAAUAAUUUGAACUCACAGAGAGUGCGAAUUCAAACUUUGCACCUGGGAAUGCUCCCAGGAAUACUAAUACUCUUCUUAGUACUUUUGGAAAGAAUUGGUUAUUAUUCAUUGGAUAGUAACUUAUAUCUCUUCCUAUCCACAAAGUUUUUUUGGGAGCACGAUAAUGCACUGAGUGCAAUUUAUAUUUUUUCUGGUACCUCGUAUAUAUCCUCUUUAUUUGGUGGUUGGUUAUCUGACGCAUAUUUAGGCCGUUUCAAAACUAUUGGAUUGGCCUUCAUAUUGUUCACUGUACCUUAUUGGGGUUUAUAUUAUAUAAGUGGUGUUUCAAUGGAGAGCAUAAAACCUGAUGAUUUGAGAACUGACCCCGAUGCAUCUGCCCCAUGGUUCAGUGAACAGUACAGUGAAUAUUUGACUCCUAUUUUGAUAGUUGCUGCUAUCGGAACUGGAACUAUAAAAGCCAAUAUUGCACCAUUUGGAGUUGAACAAAUGCAACGUUAUGGAGUACAUUUUUUGAAAUUGUAUCUCAAUUGGCUUUACUGGUGUGUCAAUAUUGGAGCUUUUGUUGCUAUUCUUGGUAUUACUUAUGUACAGCAAAUAUGGGAAUUUCAAUAUGGUUACGUGAUUGCUGCAAGCUCAUUAGUUGUUGCCACCUUUCUUUUCUGGGUUGCUUAUCCUAUUCAUUUCCAUCAACCUGUAAGUGAAAGUCCAAUAUCAAGAACAUUUAAAGUCAUGAAAACAGCUUGGAGAUUGAGCAAAAACAAUAACAGUAAUAAUUCAAACUUAGAGGUCAUCAACCGUCCUUCUUGGUUAGACAUGGCAAAAGUGAGAUAUGGUGGCAAAUAUCAUGAGUCUGUGGUUGAAGAUGUCAAGUCUUUGAAAGCUAUAUUAAUAGUGUUUAUCAUACUUAUCCCAUAUUGGCUUUUAUAUUUCCAGAUGCAAAGUACAUUUCAAGCCCAAGGUUUAAGAAUGCGCUUAAGCCUCGAUCCGAACAAUCUAAAUCCUGAGUUUGAAAUACCUGCAGCAUGGCUGAUGUUAUUCAAUGUGAUAUUUCUGCUCAUGUUUAUACCUCUGAUGAACCAAGUAAUUUAUCCAUUUUUAAGUGCAAGAGGUAUAGAGAUAAGCAUAUUUACUAAAAUUCCAAUUGGAAUGGCAUGUGCAGUCAUGGCCAUGAUUAUUGCUGGAGGUGUAGAAUGGUAUCGAGUUCAAUGCAAAGAAAAUGUAUUACAAACGAUAGGUAAAGAGACUUACAAUGCAACAAAUGUUUCUAUACUGUGGCAAAUUCCUCAAUAUUCUUUAAUUGGUAUCAGUGAAGUGUUUACCAAUGUUGGUGGAUUGGAGUUUGCCUGUUCUCAAGCUCCCAGUACAAUGCAAGGAGCUGUUAUGGGUCUGUAUUACUUUUGCAAUGGAAUUGGAAACUUCCUCGGAAUAAUAGCCGUACACACAUAUCAAAAGAUUCUGAAAGAUCUGAAGACAGAGGCUGAUGAUUCUGGUUUGAACUUUUCUUAUUAUUUUUGGCUCCUUGCACUAUUGCAACUGAUUGGAUUGAUUACUUUUUGUUUUCUUACCAGGGAUCUGAAACUUCGAAGGCAACAUUCGUUGCUCGAAUCGAGCACUAACUUGCAAAAUAAUUCCUCCAGAAUUGUACCAGUUGGAUAAGCACUGUACACUUCAAAAUUUUAUCAGUAACAGUACUGAACAUCUUGUUUUGAGUCAGUAUUACGAUUCCGGUGAUGGUUUAACGUUUCUUUUGUUUCUUGCAUCAUUCCAGCUGUAUUUUUCUACAUUUCAAUUAUUUGAAAAUUUUCAAGUCUCAAACAUGGAAUGGACAAAUCUCUGUUUUGCAGAGUGAUUUAUUUUGAAUUUUAAAGUUUUAUUUAUUUAUUUGACUC